CUGACCCUUUCGUCCUUUACCGCCCACUCCUUUCGUCCAUUACCGCCCACUGGUCCAUCAUAAAUCAAGAUAUUCUGCUUUAUCCAAAGGCAAAUAUAUUAUAUAUGAACUGGCUUGGCUCUUCAAUAUUCAUCUCAAGGUCAGAUUGAUCAAGGUAGAAGCGAAGCAAAGAAAAUGGAGAAGCUUGUUCCAAACUGGUACAGUGCUGCUCAACCCUUGCCUGAGACAUACAUAUUCCCACCUGAUGCAAGACCAGGGAAGUUUAGCGUUGCUCCUUCAAUAUCCAACGACAUUCCAGUGAUUGAUCUAGGAUCACAGAGUCAUGAUCGAGCUCUUGUGAUCCAGCAAAUACUUGAGGCUAGCCAAGAAUUCGGUUUCUUUCAGGUAAUCAACCAUGGCAUACCAGAAGCUUUAAUGAAUGACACAAUGGAUGUGUUCAAGGAGUUCUUUGAGUUGCCUCUAGAGGAAAAGAGGGCAAGCAUCUACUCUGAUGACCCCAACAAAGUCUGCAAGCUCGUACAUAGCAGUGUUAAUUAUGACUGGGAGGAAGUUCAUCUUUGGCGCGAUUUCCUCCGACACCCUUGUGAACCUUUAGAAAAAUUCAUGCCAAUUUGGCCUCGGAAACCGAUUAAAUAUCGAGAGCAUGUUAGCAAAUGUUUCACUCAAGUGAAGAAAGUGGCUUUGGACAUUUUGGAGUUGAUCGGUGAAGGACUUGGGAUAGGAUCAGAGUAUUUCAAUGAUGAACUUAGCAAAGAGACUGACAUCUUUGUUAAUCACUAUCCACCUUGUCCUGACCCAAGUUUGACACUUGGAAUAACUAAACACUCUGACCCACAGCUGAUCACAAUUUUACUUCAAGGGGAUGUCAGUGGCCUUCAAGUUCUCAAGGAUGGGGAAUGGAUUGGAGUGGAACCUAUUUCAAAUGGACUGGUGGUUAACAUAGGCUAUCAAUUACGGAUCAUUAGUAAUGGAAAGCUCAAGUGUGCUGAACAUCGAGUGGUGACGAAUUCAAGUACUGUUCGGACGACGAUUGGAUUUUUCAUUACACCCUCCCCUGACUGCUAUAUAGAACCUGCAGCAGCUCUUAUUCAUGCAAGCAAUCCCCGACUCUAUAAAGGCUUCCGAUAUGAAGAGUUUCGUGCCAACUACUUUAGGAAGCAGGGGAAAACCGAAGUUGUGCUUGAACCCUUCAAAAUCGAAUCUUAGCACUGUUGAUGAUGAUGGUGUUAUUGCUUUAUGUUCAAGAGUCUUGUGCAUUGAAUAAAUGUCUUGCUGCUUAAUUGAUGUGGAGGCAAAGACAGAACAACUAGUUGAAAUUUAUUCGUAAUAAUACUCAGGGACGUCUCAAUGGUAACCUGUGUUUUUUUUUU